AUGCAGGUCAUCCUCGUAUCUGCCACCAUUCUCCCCGAAUCAGAGCUCCUGCUGCGCCGCUUUGCUCCCAGAGGCGACAUGCUCAUCGUUCAAACCUCCUCGUCCGAUAAACCCUUAGGCGACAUGCUCAUCAUUCAACCCUCAUCAUCUGACAAACCGCUGGGUAACUACCCUCUUCUCCCUAUAGUCCUGCACAUGCAUUAUCUUCCCAGGGAGGGAGUCCCGUCCUUCCGUCGUGCCUCAUUGCGUUGGGUGGUCCUAGUAUCCACCAACGUGGCAGCACGUGGUGUUGACAUUCCCAACCUUCCCUUUGUGGUGAAUUUCGACCCUCCGGGCAGCCCGCAGGAGUACUUGCAUCGCAUUGGCCGAACAGGUCGGGCAGGGGCGUCGGGAACUGCAAUCAGUUUCUUAGAGCCUCAGAAUGAAGAGUCACCAAGUGGAAAAAGAGCUCUUGCUACGGAAUCGCAACAAGGGGGACGCAUGCAGGAGGAGUCCUCUCAGGAAGACGAUAUGCCAGAUGCGCCAGGGUCGCCGUGGGCACUUCCUUCAUCGCCGGCAGCCCCGCAGAAGCUCGAGCUCGACGAGACGACACUGCAUAAUCGCGUGGAGGUGGAGCAGGGCGCGGCGGAACAAACGGGGCCCACGGAUCACCACCCCCCGCACCCACGAAGCCGGCCCCAGCAGGCAACGGUCGACCAGGACGCACGAGGGAGCCCUCGGGAUCAUGCGGCAGGAGGGCAGCGAGUGGAACAACGGGAGCAGGUGGACGCGCGGGACGAGACGACGAUUCCGCCCUUGUACGAUGAAUGGCUUCUUCCAUGCCGUCCAGCCUCUGGAGCACGCGCUCCAUCGCGGACGGCGCCCGUGGCGCCGCCCCGCCACGGCCAUAGCCUCCACGGCGCCCAUGGCGCCCACUCACAUUCGACCGUGCGGGAGAUUGCGGGUGAGAUUGCACGCGUUGGCGCUGUCGCCCAGGGGAUCGGCCCCCGCGACGAGGAGAGUGAAGCCGCUGGCGUUUUGACGGCCGCGACGAAUGCGCAGCGGGGGAUCGGUGACGAGAGGUGGGACGAUGAGGUGAUCGCUGCCGCGUCGAACGGCGAGCAGGGGACUGGUGGCGGCGCGUCCAACGAUCUCGGGACCGGCUCCGCGAUACCGCGGGCCGAGGCGAACGCGGCGGAACGGGCGACGGAGAUCUCUCGCGGCGAUCGCCGCGGCGGUUCGCCCGCCCCUCCUCGCGCGUCACCGACGAGCGGCGCCGAGGCGACCGCCCCCGGUGCGCCACUGCCUCCGCGCCGGAGCGUACGACGGGUUCCGCGGGCGCCUGAUCUUUGA